CUGACUGGCAACUGGGUGAGUGACCAGGGCUCCAGGAUGGUCAUCUCGGACAGCAACAAUCCCGGGGUGUUCAGCGGCUCCUACCUGACCGCCGUGGCUGCCACCGACAACACCAUCCGGGCUUCCCCUCUGCAGGGCAUCCAGCACCAGGCGGACCAGCGGGCCCAGCCCACCUUCGGCUUCACCGUCAACUGGAACUUCUCCGAGUCCACCACCGUCUUUGUGGGUCAGUGUUUCCUGGACGAGGAUGGAGAGGAGCAGCUGAAGACCACCUGGCUGCUGCGUGUGGAGGUGGGAUCCGUGGCAGAGGACUGGGGGGCAACCCGGGUUGGCACGGACACUUUCUAUCGUACCAAGUGA